GUUAUUGCCUAUUCCGCCAUGUCUGGCCGUGGCAAGCAAGGAGGCAAGGCCCGCGCCAAGGCCAAGUCGCGGUCGUCCCGCGCCGGGCUGCAGUUCCCGGUGGGGCGCGUGCACCGGCUGCUGCGCAAGGGCAACUACGCGGAGCGCGUGGGCGCCGGCGCGCCGGUGUACAUGGCGGCCGUGCUGGAGUACCUGACGGCCGAGAUCCUGGAGCUGGCGGGCAACGCGGCCCGCGACAACAAGAAGACGCGCAUCAUCCCGCGCCACCUGCAGCUGGCUGUGAGGAACGAUGAAGAGCUCAACAAGUUACUAGGAGGAGUGACCAUCGCCCAGGGCGGCGUCCUCCCCAAUAUCCAGGCUGUCCUACUACCGAAGAAAACGGAGAGUCAUAAGCCUGGAAAGAACAAAUAACUACUAUCCCCUUUCCACACAAAGGCUCUUUUAAGAGCCACUA